AUGGGCCUUAUAAAGAAGCUCUAUGAAAAAUACAUUGGCCGGGAAAAGUUGAGCGAACCAUGUAUUCUAGCUGGUCAUGUUUUCGAUCAAGAUAGUGAAGGCGAAGUUUUCUUUGACUCUGUUUUGGCACGUUUUGAAAAUUUUGAUCAAACAAAUCAAAUUCAAGGAAAUAAAGCAUUUUCCAAUGAUGUUGAUUUCAUUAUUCAAUGUACAAUUGAAAGUCUCUCGUCACCCGAAGUUUUUAAAAAGUUUCCAAGUCGUAUCGAUUCAUAUUUAUAUAUCUAUCGUCGAAUCGAAGAAUAUUUAAUAAUGAUAAAACGAUCAGCUUAUUUAACGUGGACAAUUGAAAGCAGUGUUAGACAAUUAAAAGAUAAAUUAUUCGAAAUAUUGUCUCAAGUAUUUAUAAUGAAUAAAGGUUUACAACCAAAUCUUUGUAUAAAAGAUAAAGAUCAAUUGAGAAAAAUAAAUAUGAUUCAACAUUUAAUGUCAAUAACGAAAAUUGAUAAACAAACAAUAAAUAUAUUCUUUGUCUUGAGUAAAUUAUCAUUUCAAUCAUCAAUUUUAAUAAAUGAUUAUGAUUAUCUACAAUGGAAAAUUAUUAUAUUAAAUAUACAAAAUUUUGGAAUUAGUUUACAAGAAUUUAUUUCUAAUUAUAUUGAUUAUGAAUUAGCAUUUCGAACAUUUCCAUUUGAUAUAUCAGGAUUUAUCGAACUUAUUUCUAAAAAUCAUCCAUCGAAACAUUCUCCAGAAUCACCAUUUAGAAUUUUCUUAAAUCUUUGCAAUACUUUACAUUUAAAAACAGAAGAUUUUUUCGAUCAUUAUCGAAUAUUAUUCGAAAAUGGUAUUAAACAGAAAUUUUAUAAAUUUGAACACAUUGGUGAUUUAUUUAGUCUAAUCGGUCGUCAUGAUCGUAUCUUUGAUGCUUAUCUUACAACUUAUGCCACAAUUGUAGAUCUCGAUGAUUUAUGGACUAUGUUUAUUUAUAUAUGUACAAAUAGUGAAUUGAAUGAUAUUAUUCAAAAACAUCUUAUUUCUAAAUUUACUAAUCGUACAAUGAAUACAUCAAUCGGUAAUUUUCUGCGUUAUACAAGAUUGGCUAAACAAUGCAUGACAAAAAUAAAAAAUGAAUAUCAUCCACGGUUUCUAAGAAUAUAUGAAAAAAUAUUCGAUGCAUUUAUUAAUAAACAAUUAACUGAAGAACGAUAUUCUCAUCAAUUUUCCGAGUCAGAUUUAAAACAAUUCUUAAGUAUUGGUCUUGAAAUGUCAUUAACACAUAAUCUACAACAAUCAUCUUGUUUACUCAUUAUUCGACGUCUAAUAUUUCAAAAUAAUACUCGAUUAAUUAAUAUAGCUGAUAAAAUCAAAAGUUUGUUUAAAAAAUUAAAUGAUUUUGAUCAAGAUUUAUGUGAAAAUAAUGAUCCCAUGUUCAUCAUUCAAGAUGAAUGGUUACAAGAUUAUCUUCUAGUUAUUCCUGAAGAUUUUUUACGAUAUUUCAAUGAAAAUAUCUACCAUUAUCUAUGUAAUAAUCAUCAAAAUAAUCGAUGGACAAUUUACAUAUGGAGACGAUUGAUACAUUUGAGUAUUCUUAAAUUAAAAGCUGAGAAUACGAAUGAUAUGCUUUUUAAAUUGAACGAAUGGAUGAAGAUAGUCGGACAUAAUGUUUAUAAUAUCAACGAUACUUUAACAAUCAUAUUGAUUAUUAAUCUAUUUGAACUUAUUAUUGUCAAAUAUACAAAAUCUGUUUUGUCACUUCCAAAUAUCAAUAUUAUUAUUAAUUUUAUUUUACAUACUCGACAAGAACAAUUAUAUCAAAUGGAUAUAAAACAAGUCGAUGAAUUUAUUCAAAAUGCGGAAAUAUCAAUUCAACAGAUCUUACUAUUGCAAGGCAAGUUCUAUUUGAAUUUAGACAUUUUUCACUUUUCAUAA